AUGGCGUUACACCCGCGAAGAGUUCGCUUGAAGCCGUGGCUGGUAGCCCAGGUAGAUAGCGGUAUGUAUCCCGGCCUUAUCUGGCUAAACCGAGAAGCGAAGCGGUUUCAGAUCCCCUGGAAGCAUGCAACUCGGCACAGCCCACAGCACGAGGAGGAGAACACCAUCUUCAAGGCAUGGGCUGUGGAAACGGGAAAGUACCAGGAAGGAGUCGAUGAGCCAGACCCUGCAAAGUGGAAAGCCCAGCUCCGAUGUGCUCUUAACAAAAGCCGGGAAUUUAAUUUGAUAUAUGAUGGCACCAAGGAGGUGCCCAUGAAUCCUAUUAAAAUUUAUGAAGUGUGCGAUAUCCCGCAGUCCCAGGGAUCAAUCAUUAAUCCAGGUUCCACUGGCUCAGCUCCAUGGGAUGAAAAGGAUAAUGAUCUUGAUGAGGAAGAAGAGGAAGAAUUGAAUCAGUCUCAGCAUGUCCCUAUUCAAGAGACAUUUCCAUUUCUUAAUAUCAAUGAUUCUCCAAUGGCUCCAGCCAGCGCGGAAAACUGCAGCCCUGAAGCUGUGUGGCCAAAGAAUGAACCUCUGGAUGUGGAAAUGCCCCCAACUGUGCUGCAGCAUGACUUCUUCAGCAGCCCUGAGCUCUGGAUCAGCUCUCUGCCAAUGACAGACCUAGAAAUCAAGUUUGAAUAUCGAGGAAAGGAGACUGGACCGACGACGACUGUAAGCAACCCGCAGGGAUGCAGACUUUUCUACGGAGAGCUGGGUCCUAUGCCAGACCAGGAAGAGCUCUUUGGGCCUAUUAGUUUGGAGCAAGUAAAGUUUCCAGGAACAGAGCAAAUCACCAACGAAAGGCAGAAGAUCUUCACAAGUCGGCUGCUGGAUGUUAUGGACAGGGGACUGAUCCUGGAGGUCAGUGGCCAUGCCAUCUACGCUGUCCGGCUCUGCCAGUGCAAGGUGUACUGGUCUGGUCCCUGUGCGCCUUCCUCCACCACACCAAAUUUGAUUGAGAGGCAAAAGAAAGUCAAACUCUUCUGUCUGGAAACGUUCCUAAGCGAGCUGAUUGCCCACCAGAAAGGGCAAAUUGAGAAACAGCCACCAUAUGAGAUCUACUUCUGUUUUGGAGAAGAAUGGCCUGAUGGAAAACCGAGGGAGAGGAAGCUGAUUGUGGUUCAGGUCAUUCCAGUUGUGGCCCGGAUGAUCUACGAAAUGUUUUCCGGUGACUUCACGCGCUCCUUUGACAGCGGCAGCGUGCGGCUCCAGAUCUCUACGCCCGACAUCAAGGACAACAUCGUGGCUCACCUGAAGCAGCUGUACCGCCUGCUGCAGAACCACCAGGAGGGGUGGCCGAUGCCGGCCCCCGCCAUGCACAUGGCACAGCCCCUGCCGGCACAGUGA